ACUCGCGGGAAACAAUGAUGAGUAACGCCUUGAAGUUUAAAAGGCAUCAUCAUCACUGCACUUUUACAUUGAACUCUUUCAAUGACUGCUCCGAUAAAAGUUGGAUUCGUCGGUCUUUCCAAGCAAGGCUGGGCGUCGAUUCUGCUUGCCCCGACACUGCUCAAAAAUGAAAAGUAUAGCCUUACGGCCGUGUCUACAUCGUCUCCAGAGUCGUCUCAGGCAUCGGCGGAGAAGCAGAGCCAGGCGACGGGCCGUCCUGUGACAGCGUACUAUGGCUCGACGGCCGAGAUCGCUGCCGAUCCCAAUGUCGAUUUCGUUGCAGUUUCCGUCAGGUCGCCUAAUCAUUACGACGCGCUCACCCCGGUUCUUGAUGCAGGCAAGGAUUUCUUCAUUGAAUGGCCUGCUGGAAGAAACACCAAGGAAACCUUGGAGUUUGCAGAGAAAGCUCACGCGAAGGGUCUGCAAUCAAUGGUCGGGCUCCAAGGGCGGCACUCGGCUGUUGUGAAAAAGGUCAAAGAAAUAAUUGAUUCAGGAAAAAUAGGAAAGGUUCUGUCUACGUCUCUGGUUGGCCUAGCACCCAGAGAGCUAGGAUACUGGGGCCCGCGAAUUAAUAAAGCAAAUGCAGCGACUACGUUUGACCCCGCGGCUGGGUCAUCUAUGCUGGACAUCGCUAUUGGCCAUCAUCUUGACGUCUUAACUUACAUACUCGGUGAUCUCAGCUCUCUUGACGCAACUACUGCGAUCCUUUAUCCUACAGCAGAGGUAGUAGAUACCGAAGGCCACGUCCUCGAAACUACCACCAAUACUUCCGCCGACCACAUCUCUUUCACUGGGAAGUUCAAAUCUGGUGUUCUCGUCAGCGAGAGCUGGCGUGGAGGCGUUGCCGCCACUCCAGGUCGGCAACAACUUCUGUGGGAGAUCGAUGGAGAGGAAGGAUCUAUCCGGCUGACAGACGAUCAGAUGAGCGCCGCUUUCGUGCACAUUCGGGAUCCGAAACUCUUUUUGAAUGGAGAGCUUGUAGAAGUGGAAAGUACUGGGCUUAUGGGAAACUUGGCUGCUGGAUGGGCUGAGUUUGCCAAAGGAAAGGAGGGUACGCAUGCGACGAUUGACGAUGCUGUGAAAAUCCAUCGGGUGAUAGACGCCAUAACCCUUAGCGCUAAGGAAGGCAGGAGAGUGACGCUUUGAGAUAUCGGGCAUUUACCUGUCAGCGGUGUUCUUGUAGCAUUUGAUCUUUCCCUUGAAUGUAACCCAUCAUCCGUCCUCCUCGCGUUCCAUAACAAGUAUGAUGAAAUCCCCAUUCGGAAUAUUGAUCCAAAAUGAUUUGUUGGCUGGAAUAGCGGGAAAUGGGUAAGGUACCCGGAGAACUUCGCGCCGUAC